UGUGCGAGGACCUGAAAAUGGACUCGCUCAUCAUGUCUGAGCUAGAAAAGCCCCACGGAGGCUGUGGCGGUGGAGACGCUGGCAGCCGCGAGUACUACCCUUCACCGUACGCGUCGUCCAAGCUGCCCGACAUCUCUCGACGUGGCAGCGAAGGCGACGACGGCGAUGAGCCUUGUCCUCGCGCCAUGGCCGCGGCUGGAGUCUCCAUGUCUCCCUACGCAUCGGCUAGGAUGGUAGAACACACGUAUGACGUGCCGCAGCACCCGCGGGAUGGCUCGAAAUUACAUGCAUUUAAAAGUGAGCAUAAGCACUCUUCAUGUAACGACAAGCUCCAAAACCACAUAGAAAUGUGCAAAAAGGAGCAAUACUAUCAGCGGCUCGCUGGUAAAGGACGCCCGUCGGCGUAUGGUUAUAGCGGCUGUCAAGAACCUCCCAAUCACUCGUCGGGCACCGCUUAUCGCUGGUCCGAGCCCGGCGAGUCCGACCGGCCGGACAGGUGGUGUUUAAGUGAACGGGACUUGCACUUGAGCGCAUUUCACACGCCUUGUACUGGAGGAAAUUUGCCGGAGUUUAUUGAAAUAUCGGACACAGAGUGCGACAGGGACCUGGAGCGACUUGAGCAGGAGAUGAAUUAUCGUUCGUCGCUCCAACGGCACAGCUUGUACGCAUCUGUCCAAUAGAAACGCAGUGGAAGGAACAGGAAGACCACCGACGGGGCCUCAAUGUUUUUUUCAUAUCAACGUGACUUCUCCAUUGCCUUGACAGCAGCGAGAUAAUCAAACAAAAAAAAUGCUUCCCACCCGCUGAGGAAAUGCGCAUCUUUUUACAGCGACAAAUUGCCGUUUAAUAGCUGCAUACUUGUACAAAUUAUUCACUUUUUUGUCGCCAGAGUACAGGCCACUGAGUACGUCACUUCGCCUGUAUACCUUCCGGAUGCGUGCGCGAAAACAGCACAUUGCUACUUUGGAAAGCAAGUGUGGUAAUAGACCUUGGGGCGUAAAACUCUUUGCAUGCUUGAUUUUCAAAACGUAACAGUGGGUGGCAAAAAGAAAGAAUCAAGGGUCUUUGUAUUUGUAUGGGGUCAGAUUAACAGCACACCUUCUAAGUUGCACCACCUAAGUUUCUUUCUAUGUUUUUGUUGUCGAACAUAUGGUGUUUGCAUACGGACGCGAGAUGACCAAUAUAAUGUCGCUCCAGGCUCACAUGUUGAAAGGCAUGGGUCGGAGGCGAACAACUACGCUCUCUAACAGGACGAUGAAAAGGGUAAGAAAUAAAAUUGCGGAGGAGUUUGUCGACUCCUUCAUUUCUAGAAUUUGAGUCACAUGCAAAUAACAAUAGGUUUCUCUACAUAUUCAAGUUUUGUGUAAUAAAGUCGAAGACAUUAACAGAGAAGUGUCUGCAAGUGCAGUGGCCUGUACUUUUUCGGUAGCGAUCGAGCGUACCAACAUUGUGUCUACUUUGAAGUGAGUGAACAAGCACAUGUACAUAUAGACCACGGAUCCUCAAUUGGAGGAUGGCACAGCACGUAUGCCUGCCGAAGAUGACUUGUUUUGUACAGUAAGAAAAAUUCUAUAGGAAUGAAUGACGAAUGAUUACGCACGCGUGGCAAGAAGUUGAAUCAAAAAACGUCAUUCACCCUGGGUUAAAGUGUGGCUCAGGCAUAUCUAAGCUGUUUGAAAACUAAUUCCGUCACGUACACAGCGUAAAAUCCUCUAUUUUGUUUCAUAGGUAUAAAAAAAAUCAUGUACUACGAUUAAAGGUUCAAAUUUGUACACUCACUUUCUUGCCAAAGCUCCAGCAG